UAGCGGCUACUGAUCGCAGCGGUACUUUUUUUUUGCGCACUUUUUUUACUCCAUAAAGCGAUGCACGAAGAAAUUGUUAUUAAAAAAGAGGAACUUGAUAUUGAUGAUACCAAGAUAAAGCUCGAAUUAGAUGAAGAUGCGCCUGAGUUGGAGUUACCGUGCGCGGGCAGCUUUCUAAAAAUCAUCGAAGAGAGGCCAAAUAUGAUAACAGUGCCGGUGCAUGACUACAAAUCCGAGGACGAGCUCAAAUUCAUUGAGAGUCUCAGCACGCUCGAUCAGCAGCAAAGGUUAUUUGUGACGUCAUCCUGCGAAAAUGAUGGCGCACUUGCAUGCAACAUUUGCACUUUCAGGUGUGAAAAUCGUCUGGCACUGGCCUCGCAUCAGAUCAAUCAUCAAUUAAAUCGACAUUUUUGUUGCCAUGGCUGUGGAGCUUGGUGCAACACGCUGGAGGAAAUUCUGGAACAUGAAUUUCGCCAGCAUGCGGGAGGUAUAAAUAGAUCAAACUGCAGGAUUUGUCUAUUAGAAUGUAGCGAUGCCACCAGCCUGGCCAAGCACAUAAGCAGUCACUUUUUUGUACGUCGCUUUGUCUGUGCGAUAUGUCGUAGGCACUUUGAGACGCGGCCCGGACUACAGCUGCAUUGGCAGCACAGCAAGGAGCUAUGCGGGCAGGUGGAAUAUGGAGACAUGCAUGGUAAUGUAGGUCAGUUAGUGGCGAUCAACAGGUUGGACACGAAUUUCGACGUGCAAAUAAAAACGGAGCCGCUGGAUACAACAGAAGAGCAAGCAGAUCAGGAUAUGAAAUUGGCAGAUGUUGUAAUCAAGACAGAACCACAGACUGAUGAAGAAAAAGAAGAGUUAAAAUCCGCCCAGGAGGCAAGCUGGACAAGUGGCAACAGUCUAGCAGGACAAUUGCGUGGCAAAUUGCGUCUGCCAGCAAUAAAAAAGCCAUUUUUCGUGGAAACAGCCAGCAAAGUUGAAACUCCAGCCAUACAGUUUGUACCGUCCAACAAGAGGAAUCUCGUACAAAUAGCGCCCUCUAAACCAAAGCUGUUGACCAAUAUUUUGAAGACAACAAACAAAAGCAACCUAAAUCAACCUAAAAUUCUGCAAUCCGCAAAAAAUAAACCGCACAUAGCAGGUAACAUCUUGAAGGUGUUGCCCAGCAAUUGUAUGCUAUUCAAAUUACCACCAAACACCAAGAUUAUUAAAAUAUCGCCUAACCCUGGUAGCGUAAAUUCAAAUAGCUGCUCCACAGGCAGCAAAAUUAUAACACUGCCAAGUGCCAUAUCGAUAAGUUCGUCUUCACCGCCGAGCAAUAGCCAAUCGGUUACAACAGCACCCAGUGCGGCUGUACUGCAAACCGGAGCCGCGCAAAAGCCCGUGUUGAACCGGAAUGCCUAUUUCAAUGCCCUAAGUUUGUUUGAGAGCCUGCCCGAAUCUCGCAAGAUCAUCACCGAAUUCCAAAAUCAAAUACGUAGCAUAGAGCAAACACUUCCGCUACCCGGCAGUGUUCUGCAAACGCCAAAGAGAAACAAUAAAAUAGUAUUGCUAUCGCAGCUAAAUGUGCUUCGAAUGCCACCCACCAAAACAAGCCAUGCUAAAGUCCGUCAAUUGCGUUUUACCUACCCCGAUCAUCGUUUCCACUGGGAGUGUCCAAAGUGUGCGCGUUGCUACGAACAGUAUUUGGCUUUCUGCAACCAUUUGACGCAGGUGCACGGUAUUGCGGAAGCUGAGUUUGAUCAGAUUGAAGUGGAAGUCAAAACGUAUAAGAAAUCAACUGAAUCUAAGACUUUGCGAGCUACAAGUUCCACAGGUACUACAUCGGCUCCUGUAACGGAUGGUCCAGCGACAGAGCAAAAAGUGACAGCAGCUAAGGCUGGGUGUUCUGUUGCAGCAGCAGCACCCGCACCAGGAAUUGUAUCUCCGCUUGCCGCUCCUUUGAACGCGGCGUCGGCCGCUCCAGCAAAAGUAACGGUGGCUUGUGCAACAAAAGCUUCUACAGCCUGUGCAUCUCCACCUACCUCUGCUGCUACUGCUAAGUCAGCACGAUUAGGACCCGUAGCUCGUCCCGCUCAGUAUAAAUGCGAAGAUUGCGCCAAAUGCUUUACGACAGUGGGCGCCUUGCGCAUCCAUAAGAUGAUACACACAGGCGAGCUGCCACAUAAAUGCAACUAUUGUGAGAAACGCUUUCGAACACCCGGGCAGGUGCGCGUCCAUCAACGCAGGCACACUGGCGAAAAGCCUUUCAAGUGCAAGGUUUGCUCGCUGGAUUUCACGCAUCGCGAGACGCUGAUCUCCCAUCUAUCACGUCACAUUGGUAUGAAGCGCUACAAGUGCUAUGGAUGUGACAAGAACUUCGUGGUGGUCAGUGGUUUGCGCGCACAUCGCCGGCUGCGCCCGGAUACGUGCGGAAAAGUGAAGUUUACGGCUCGUGCGCACGGGCCGCGAGUGCGUGUAAUUCGUGGCGAGGUCGUUUUCGAAUCCCAUCCCGAGCACAAUGGUUACCUGCGCAGCGAGGAUCCAUUGAAUAUUAUGUCCGAGAUUAAACAAGCCUCUGUUGCUAACGAGAACGAGUCUAGCUAACUACGCUAUUUGUAUAUAAAUUUACCCCUAUUUUCUCUGUUUGUUUUGAACGUUAACAUUUUUUGAAUGAA